AUGCUUCCUCUUUUCAUAAUGACACUUUCUAACUGCUCAUUCAUUGCUCAAAUAAUCACGCUAACAGCAGCUGAUGAUGGAGAUUAUGAUUAUUUGGACGAUGACCUGAUAGAAGACCGGAAGCCGGCUGAUGUCUUCUGGGGUGAUAUUCUAGAUGGCGAGCAAAAUGAUAACAACGGGUCGAGCGGGAGUGAAGGUUUAACGCAGCGGAAAUGCGCAACUGAUACGGCUAUUAUUGAUAAGCUACUAAAUGGUACUGGCUAUAAUAAGUAUCGUCUGCCUCGUAAGUACUGUUGCUUUGAAUAUCAAAUUUACUUCUUGAGUAUUACGUACUCUUUUGCUUAA